UUCAACAGUUGAUCUAGUUGUUUUAAAACCGUGGGUGGAUAUUCCAGAGAUAUUUAAAGGAAUUCCGAACCAAAUGAAAGGAUUACAAAGACAUUGCACUGACGUGGUACUCGUUUAAGUUGAAACCGAAAUUCUGUCUAGCCAUGUGAGCCACGUGUAUUUGUUAGGAAUAACACACAAUAAUGUGUGGGAGAAUCAAACAAAUGGACUCGCCAAAUGACCGUCAAGAACGCCCGAGAUUAUCAUUAUUCAGGGUAACAUAAAGCAUUUUAAUAAAAAAAAACCAUUCAAUGUUGUGAAGAAAAAGGAUUUCAAAUGAAACUUACGAUGGUUUUAAACUAUAAUACGUAGUUAUAUUCAGAUGCUUCGGCAACACUGACGUAAAUUAUUCAAUAACACAAUUUUUAUCAAUAGUAGCUAACCCAAAAAGGAAGAAUGCGCUUUGGAUUUCCGGUCUGCAAACCUUUCAUCUUUGGAUUUGCGUAAGAAGGCUUGGCUUUUUAAGGACAAGAUUUCACGCUGGAUAGUCAGAAUUUGUAGGUGAAUCAAACUACAGAACAAUGGGCAACGUUUUGUUUAACUAUUUAGGUAACGGUGUGAGCGAAGAUCUCCGGGAGGAAAUCGCCCGUCACGGCAAGGCGUAUGAUGCCGAUGAUUCGAUUCAGUUGACACCCACUCUUCAAAUGGCAGAUACGAGUCGAAACGUCAAUCGUGUAAAAGACCUGCCAAAGGAUCAAGUCUACGAAGGGGUGCAGAAUCCGUAUGUGUUAGUGAUAAACAACGUGAACUUUAAAGAAGACCCAGUACCAAGGAAUGGAGCCGAACACGAUCUUGAAAACGUGGAAACGUUUUUACGAGAAGCUGGUUUCGAGUCUGUGGAGAAGCGUUACGAUCUGGAAAAAAAAGAGAUGAUGGCAGCUUUUGACGAAACUCGAAAAAGUAUUGAAUCAGGUAAACAUGACGGCCUCAUAUGCAUUAUCAUGAGUCACGGCGAUGACAGAGGAAUCAAGUGCAAGAACGGUGAAACCAUUCCAGUUGACGAAAUAACCUCUAAAUUCCGUGGUAGCGAUGAAUCAUGUCCACAGCUAGCGGGAAAACCUAAACUAUUCUUCCUUCAAGCAUGCAGAGGAAUAGUCGACGAUAGAGGGUAUCAGCAUGCAGCCAGUUGGCAAGACGACGAUGUUGUUGCUGAUAGCUUUUCUUCUGAGAGAACGUCUCUGACGCUUCCUUCUGAUGCAGAUUUUUUGAUUAGUUACUCUACCACCACGGGUUACAAGUCAUACAGGAGGUUCACCAUGCCCACAGCAGGUGCACCACCCAGUGAAACGCUCGGCUCCUGGUUCAUCUUCACAUUAAUGAGAGUUCUACGGGAAAAUUCACACAAGGACGAUUUGAUGACAAUGCUGACUAAGGUGAAUCAAGAAAUGAUUAAAUAUGCGACAGGUAAAGGCUGCAAGCAGAUUCCAAGCCAUGUCUCCAUGCUCACACGAAAGGUCUUCUUCACAAAUUUUUUUAAUAAGACAUUUUAAUUUAACCAUAAAAAACAAACAUCUCUUUAUCAUUCCUUGCUUUUGGCUGUAAUAAAUUUACUUGUUGUGAAAUAAAGAUCAUUUUCAAGCUGUAA